AUGCUUCCAUUUCUUUGUCUAGUUUCUGCUUUGCUAGCAUUUUCCGAUGCCAAAUUAUCAAAAGAGAAGAGGGAAGAACUGCAAGCGAAGAGUUCCGUGAAUGCUUGGUUGCUGUUUACUGAUAAACAUGCACAUUACCUUCUGUAUCGUUCAAUAGAAAACGAUACUGCAUAUGGAGGAUUUAAACCCUGUGUUAAUAUGUCAUUGAAAAUGUGUUGGGACGGCAGUCUGGUCCUCUGGUACAAUUUCUAUUAUAAUGAUAUCCCUGCAAGUGAUAUCUGGCCAGAUUCCUAUAUGUGGAUCAAGGUGAAGCAUUCUAGCGAACAAAAAGACGAAAUGGAAAUUGAUUACGAUUAUUAUUAUGGAGGUUACAAGGAUUAUCGGCUGCUUUUUACCGACUACAAAACCUGCUUCACCUUACAAAGGGAUCAUGAUAAAACUUUGCAGGUGUGGAUGAUUGGAUCGACGGAUGAAACUAAGAUAAACGAAACUUGCCAUUCUACUUACAACAAAAACGUGAAUAAGGCUGAUGACUCUACGGAGACACCAAAAUAUUAUAUCUACAAUGAAACAAUAUGCGGUAAAAAAUAG